UGUAGUACCACAAAAGUUAACCAAAUGCAAUCGAAUAAUCAUUUACGUAUCGCUUUCUCGCAGUGGAAGACUUCCACAAAAUGGCCUUCCUAAUAACACUGGUGACACCUCUACUCUUAGUUGGAUUCAUGUUCUCCCCCACUGUUGUGACAUCUCGCUCCACAAAGGAUGAUGGCAUCAGACACGUUGAAGUUUAUCAUAAAUUUAAAAAUUUCCUCACCGACGUUCAGCCCAUUAUUAAAGCUGUUCUCAAGGACAUGCCUCCGGGCGAUAGCUACAAUAAAUAUCGCCAGGAUUUGGAGGGCAUUUUAAAGCGAAUCAAUGAUAAAUCGGCUGGCCAAUUGUGUUUUGAUAAACAUUUCAGUAACUUAGAUGAAUUGGUGGAGCUAAUGAAGAACUAUCGCCAAACGGAUGCUACCGAAGAAGCAAAAGCAGUUUUGAAACUAAUCGUUCAACAUGGUUUUCGUAAAUAUUUAAGCCAGCAAUGGUUUCGUUUGAAAAAAAUCGAUCUGCCGAAAUAUAAGGAGAGUGUUGAAAAAUUAGACAAGACCGAUGAAAAAUACAAGGUAUUUUCGGAGAAGUGUUAAUGCAUAAAUAAAGUUAUGUGGAGAAUUCGGCAAUUCUCUAAAAAAAUC